CCCCUCGUUCUUUCUCCUGUCCCAAAAUGCUCCACACAAGAGCCCUAGCUUCCAUCCUCUUUAACUCUGUAACAAAAAGACAAACCCUAAUUUCCACAGCAUCAAGAACCCUAGCCUCUUCUUCCUCCUCCAAAUCCUCUGGGCCUAAGGCCCCCAAGGCCAAACGAAAGGGUAAUUUAAAGGGCCAGCCAUCUGUGAAGGCAGAUGAUGGACCAGUAGCCGAAGAAUUCAAUCUUGAUUUCGAUGAUCACAUCAGAGAACCAAUUGGCCACGAUAAAUCUCUGGACUUCUUACCUAAUGGGAAGUCAUUGUUUACUCAGGCAGAGUCCAUUGGUGUUCUCGGGCGCAAGGAUGUUAACACCUAUAUGAAUUUCAGUUUGGAGGAAUUGAAUGCAAGUUUGCCAGAGGGACUACCAGCUGGUAUGACAAAGGAAUUUGAGGAGACAAAGGGUAACUAUUUACUUGUUAGACAGAGCUUCUUGGAACUUCGCGAUAACUUUAGGCGUGUAGUUGAACCACCAUUACAGGUCAACAGCAAAGCUCCAAAAGUUCGAAAGCAGAUUGUGUUGGAUGGUCCUGUUAGCUGUGGGAAAAGUAUUGCACUCUCCAUGCUUGUACAUUGGGCACGUUCUGAAGGUUGGCUUGUUUUUUAUGUUCCAAAUGGUAGGAAGUGGACUCAUGGGGGUUUCUUUUACAAAAAUCCACAAACUGAUUUAUGGGAUACACCUAUUCAGGCCACCAAAAUCCUCCAGGAUUUCCUGAAAAGUAAUGAAGCUCAGUCACAAAAGUUACCUUGCCAAUAUUCUGAUCCAAUUCCGAUAGGGGAGGGUGCUGGUGUUGGAAUGAUGAAGGGGGCUGAUUCCAUGGCAAUGCCUGAAGGUUCAACCUUGUAUGAUCUCGUUCAAACAGGGCUUAGAUACUCACAAGCUGCGGUUGGAGUCGUGGUUCGUUUGCGGGAGGAGUUAUCACUUGUCAAAGAUAUACCUAUUCUUUUUGCAAUUGAUCAGUAUAACAGCUGGUUUACUUUCAGCGAAUAUGAGGAACCAGUGACUGUUCGGUCUUGUAGGCCUCUACAUGCCAGAGAGCUUGCAACGGUGAAUGCUUAUCGUUCUAUGAUGCAUAACGACAUGAUGGUGGGUGCCUUUUCUCAUUCAACUGCUGUUGGAAGGCUUCGUCAAGAGCUGCCUGAUGUUCCAGAAGAUGCACGUGUUAUGUUUCCUCGUUACAGCUGGGAUGAAGCUAUUGCAGUAUGCUCAUAUUAUCGUAGGCAAAAACUCAUUCGCAAGGAGAGUUUUUCAGAGGAGAAAUUGAAGAAAAUAUAUUACCUAUCCAAUGGAAAUGGUUCAGAAAUGAGGUGGUUGGUCCCUUUUAUAUAGCAAAUGCCGUUAAACUCAGUUGGUUUUUAGGAUUCAUAUAUGUGCAUUUGGCAUUGUCGAGACCAGGCAUCAGGAACUGUACUGCCUGAAUAUGCUUUAUAGCUCAUGCUUCCCCUGGAUUUUUGGUUUGGGAGCUUAGAGUGAGAAAAUUCAGUUGUUUCGGCUAAAGCUAUCAAUUCCGAAUGACGAUUGUGGAUAUCUUAAAAAUAUUCCUUUUGGCUCUGACUUUAUGUGGAGCUAGAGACAAGCAGAUCCAUAUUCAACUUUCUGGCCUUCAAUAAGGACCUUCAGGAAUUUUGUUCAUUGUAUCGUUUCAUUUGGUUUUUGUAUACUGUAUUCGAAGAAAAGGCUAUGAUGAUGAUGCUACUAUAUUCAAAGAAAAAAAUUCAAGUGGUUUACUAUUUGGA